UAUAUAGUCUCCAAGUGUGGGUCACAGAAUUCGGUGCAACACCGGCAAUAAGAGAAAAUAGAAAUAAAAUAAAGAUAUGCAAACUCAACUACGCAUUAUAAGCCAUAUUCUGGAGUGCGCAUCGAAUGUGUCAAUGUGUUUACACUAGCAACGCAACUGAGGCGCCAAACCAAAUAUGUAUAGCCUAGGCCUACUGCUUAGGCUAUAAAAUGUAUUUUCUGGAGUUCUACUCUAAUGCGCACACUAUUCUAAUUAUAUUCAAUUUCCCGCGCCUGCAGUGCCGCUUUUUUGCUUAUGAAUGAAGCGUUGCGUUAUUUGGUGCGUCGCGUUCAGGACGCAGGUGAGUUAAUCCUCUGAGCGCCGAGAUCCUCUGCUCUGACAUGAUGAGCUCAGGAAUCCCUGCACUAUUAACAUGACGUCCACGAAUCCGACUGAGGCAGACCGGGAAUGUUACGACCUCUCCAGCGAAGAUGGAGGAACACAUGAUACUCCUACUAUACUCGAGCGAUCCGAGACCCAGCCUGCCGGAACAGAUGCCAGUUCUAUGAACCAAGAAGGACCUACAUGUGCAGUUAAAGAAAAGGAGCCUGAGUUUUCGACGACUGAGUUCACUCCAUCAUCUUCGCACACUUUAGGAUCAGAGCAGCACAGUUGUGAGGGGUUAAAACAUCUCACCGGAGAUGGAUUAGAGCCAGACCUCAUGACCUCCACGCCAGCACCGGUUCUGGCCUUCACAGAUGAGUCCGCAGCCAGUCAGAGUCACCGUCAGAGGCAGGAUCCUACUGAAAACGAAGCUGAUCAGACCCUAAAGAACAAAGGGUUUGACCAGGAGGAACUAAAGCAAGAUCAUGAGAAUCGCAUGGCACAGAGAAGCUACGAUCUAGAGGAAGGAAUGCCAGCUGUGGUGAUUACCGAACCAGAUGAGGUCUCUUCAGAUGAGGUGGAGGACAUAAAUUUAUCUGUGAAGCAGGAGGACAUGGUGCACACCGAUUCCAGUCGCAAUGAGAGUCCCAGUGAUGCCACCGAACUCAGCAGCAGUGACCUGCUUUCCUUAAAGAGUGACACCGUAUCUCUGAUCAGUGAAACGGCCAUCUCAUGCAAAAGUGAUGAAGGACCUGAGGAAGACACUCGGAGCAUCACAGCAUCUUCAGUUAUGUCACUGUUUAAUCGGGUACAGAUGGAGCCCAUUGAGAGGGAGUGGCUGCGGUGUGCGGCGCUUGGAAGCGCUACGACACUGUACCUGCUUCUGCAACAGGAACCCACGCUCGUCUCCAAAAAGUUUACGGCGCUCCACUGGGCGGCCAAGCAGGGCCGCGUGGAGAUGGCGGACAUGAUGGCGCGCUCCGGAGCGGACGUCAACCAGAGAGCGGGCUACACACCGCUCCAUCUGGCUUCUCUGCACGGACAUGGCAAAAUCAUCCAGCUCCUAAUCAAUAGUUACAAUGCCAAAGUCAAUGUAAGGGACUAUCACGGGAAGAUGGCAGCUCAUUACUGGAAUGGCAGCAAGGAUCUUUUUACAGAACACAGACCUCAUUCUGCUGGCAGUUGGUCGAGGGGGAGGCGGGUCCAGUACUACACACAGCUGUCUGCCCUCCUGUCUCGCUCUCAUAGUAACAGGAACAUCAGUGCAGAGGCAUCCGGCCGGCAACUAGAGCCCACUCCCUCAAACCGGUCAUCCUCAUCCUGACCCUCAUCCCACAUUAACCUCUGCUCGGUGUUUGUGUGUCAAACCUAUCUUGUCUACAUGGUUUUAUACGACCUCUUACAGUAUUGAAUACAAUUAAACAAUUUUGCUGUUUACAAGAAAAGGAAUUUGCCGUCAUCAUUUACUCACCCUCAUGUCAUCCAACUUGAAGACAUUAUAGCUUAGUAUGAGAAAUAUCUGAAAAGUAUUUCAAACUGUAUCUUGCUGCAUGGUAGCAACAUAAUGCAUUGUCACAUGACCUCAUCACAUUGCAUGUUAGGCUAUAU